AUGUCGCAGCUCUCCGGGGCCAGCACCCCCAGCGGCAUCAAGACACCUCGGACGCCCGCCCUUCAGAGAGAAGAGGCGGACCUGUUGAGAGGAGACGUCGAGCAGCAGCAGGAGUACGGGACGAUGCAGGCGCGAGAUUCUGGAAUUAAAUCAACGCAUAGGAGGACACCUACCUGGGCAAAAGUAAACUACUAUAUCCCUUCAACCGCUUGGAUACCCAGAUAUUCAUGGUCUCUCUUGGGUGGAGACGUGCUUUCGGGUCUAACGGUAGCAUGUAUGCUCAUUCCGACAGCAAUAUCCUACGCCACGUCACUGGCGAAGUUGAGCCCCAUAACUGGACUCUUUUCCGCAGCCGUCCCGGGCCUCGUAUAUGCGCUGCUGGGCACGUCCCGCCAGCUGAAUGUUUCACCGGAAGCUUCGCUCUCAUUGCUCAUCGGGCAAGCUAUUGACGACUUUUUGCAUGACCCACACUUCCAAAGCUUUGAUCGCGAGACAAUCGGCAUUGCGGUGUCGACUGUGAUCACGUUCCAGGUCGGGCUGCUCAGUCUUGCGCUGGGUCUCUUCCGGCUCGGAUUCCUGGAUGUUGUGCUCAGUCGUGCGUUGCUGCGGGGUUUUGUUUCGGCCAUGGCCAUCGUCAUCAUGAUCGAACAACUUAUCCCGAUGUUCGGCCUGGGGAAGUUGCAGCACGAAUAUCAAUUGCAUACGACACUAGAUAAAUUCAUGUUCAUCAUCAACAAUGUAUGGACGCAUGGCCACCAGCUCACCAUGAUUAUCAGCUUUGGUGCUCUAGCCAUCCUGGUCCUUGUGCGGACCCUGAAGGGCGCAUUCAAACGAUACCCUAUCAUUUAUAGAUUACCAGAGGUUCUAAUCGUGGUCGUCUGCUCGUCGAUAAUGUCAGAUGAAUGGGACUGGGACGAACGAGGUGUAGAUAUUCUUGGGAGCGUUCCGAUCAAUACGGGUUCAUCGUUAAUCCAGUUCCCUCUGGGAAAGAUGACGUUGCAAUUCCUGCGGCGGACAACGUCCCUCUCAGUUGUUUGUGUUAUUAUAGGCUUUCUUGAUAGCAUCGUCGCCGCCAAGCAAAAUGCGGGGCUGUAUGGUUACAGUAUCAGUCCCAAUCGCGAGCUCGUCGCACUUGGAGCUGGGAAUCUUGCGGCGUCUUUUGUCCCCGGAACACUUCCGGCAUUUGGGUCUAUCACUCGAUCAAAGAUCAACGGCGAAGUGGGUGCAAGAACACAGAUGGCAUCUAUUAUCUGCUCCGGAGUGGUCCUCCUAGCGGUAUUUUACAUUCUCCCAUGGCUAUAUUACCUGCCAAAAUGUGUUCUUGGCUCAGUAAUUACGCUUGUGGUGUUCUCCCUGUUGGCAGAAGUCCCCCACGACCUCAGGUUCUACUGGGGACUUCGCAGUUGGGUGGAUCUCUCCCUGAUGGCCCUAACAUUCGUUUUGACCAUCUUCUGGAACUUGGAGAUUGGUAUUGCAGUGAGCUUAGUUAUAUCAUUGCUUCUAGUUGUCCAUCGUUCCUCCAAGACUCGCAUGACAAUUUUGGGUCGUAUUCCUGGGACGGAUGUUUGGAAACCCGUAGAUGAGAAUCCUGAAGCACAGGAAGACGCUGCUGGUGUGCUAAUUGUACGCAUCAGAGAGAAUUUAGAUUUUGCAAACACCGCGCAGCUGAAAGAGCGUCUGCGCCGACUGGAAUUGUAUGGCGUCAAUAAGCAUCACCCGUCGGACGAGCCAAGUCGAGAAAAUGCUAGUGUGCUUGUCUUCCACCUGGCAGAUGUGGAUAGCGUCGAUGCCUCUGCCGCCCAGAUAUUCUACGAGCUAGUCGAGACAUAUCAGAGUCGGGGGGUGGGUCUGUACGUUACGCACCUGAAGGGUCGUCCGCGUGCGGUCUUUAAGCGGGCCGGGAUCGUCAAGUUGCUGGGCGAUGAUGCGUUCUGCAAGGACGUCGCGAGCGCGAUGGUCCGCAUCGAGCAGGCUACGCGGAGCCGGCAGGAGCAAGAGCGGUGGUAG